AAGUCCAGUUGCCUUGUGAAAAAAGCAUCUCUGGGAUAACGGCCUUAAAUGUUUUGAUUUUCACAAACCCAUACCAGACUAACAUAAUUGGCCCUAAAAAAAUCUGAAAAACUGUUACAGGGCAAGAAUUUAUUCUUGUCUUAGAUCCUGUUUCUCAAAUAAUAAUGUACUGAUUUAACUGACUUCUUGAUAGUUUGCCACCUACAGGUUGCCAAUUUAAAAGAGAUUUUGAAUAGAUAUUUCCUAAGAUCCAAGACUGUUGAAAGUGGCUUGAUAAUGUAGCCAAUUUUUACUUUAUUAAAUAAUUCCACAAGGACUGGAAAUGAAUAAAACUUAGUUUACAAAUUCAAGCAGACAUUCAUUGGUCUGGAAUUCCAUUCUUAUGGCUACCAAUCCAAGACAUAAAUGCAUGACUUUUGGUUUUGAAAGUGUGGAAGCAAGUCAGGAUGUGGACCUAAGUCAGAAUUAAUUUUCAUUUCUUGCUAAAGCAGUGAUGCAAUUUUAUACAGUGUUGAUCUUACAGCCAUGCAAUGAUCAUUAAAUUUCUUUUGUGAUGUGCUGCAAGUUCUUUUUUAUUACCUUUAAAGCACUAACUGGGCUAAUCUUAGGCCAUAGUUUAAUCUUAUGCUACAUAUGUUUUUUUUUCUUGUUUUGGUGAGAUUCAAAGAACUAUUUAUCUUUAAUAAAGAGAAGCUUAAAUUCUGGUAUUUUCAUGGAUAUGGGUAUAGUAUUUUGUUUGUACAACAGCAUAGAAGUGCUUUAUUUUUAUUUAUUUAUAAAUAUUUUUAUGUUACUUUGACUUCCUGCUAGCUCAUAGUCCUGAUGUUUCCCAAUGAUCUUCCCUCCAAGCACUUUUCAUCCUCUAAAAUCAACUAACUGAGAAAAAAUAAAAAGCCCUUGAGCAUAAUUGCCGACAAUUUCCUGAACAAAUAAAAGUAUAUAUAAGUGGUCUGUCAUUCUGCAAGAAAUUUGAUCAACUUUCUAGUCUAUUCUGCAGCCUUAGGGCUCAAUCCUAGUUCGUUUCUAACCCAGGCAAAAUCAACUAACUGCACCACCUGCAAUGUCUCCAAGUAUUCUUAGUUUAGCAUUUGUGGUGAAUUUUAGAUUCAUUGGUUUGGAUCCUGAAUGAUUAAGCAGAUUUGAAUUGAAAUCAAUGGAUCUUUAUGAUAAUUAAAAAUUUACAUUAUAAUUAGUUAUCUAAUAAGUAAUACUAGAUUCAUAACACUAACUCUACAGUUUUGUUUUGUUUUUUUUGGUUAAAAAGGAUAUUCUUACAAGCUAGGAUUUUUCUUUUCUGCUGUCAUAUAGUGAAGAAUGAAUUGCCAAGAAAAUUAUGCAACUGCUUUUAUGGGGUAUGGCAUGGUAGAAGCAGUAUGUUGUGAAGAAUUGUCUGAAGUAUCUACUGAAGAACAAGAAGAAGUGAAGGAACUGUAUCAGCCACUGAAAGUUUACUUGAGAGUUCGGCCCUUCUCAAAGGCAGAGCUUGAAAAUAAUGAAAACCAGCUGAGUUCUGAGAUCAUUGCUGUAGACCUGAUUUUAUGACUCUCAUGUGGACUGCUUAAUUAUUGAAAAUCAAGAGACAGUAAUGCUUCAGGCUCCAAAAGAAUUGGCGCAAAUAAAGAAUAAUGAAAAGAAGAUUGGACAAUCUGCACAUCAAUUCACCUUCACAAAGGUUUUUGGACCAAAUACAAUGCAAAAUGAAUUUUUUGAAGGCACAAUGAAAGAUGUUGUAAAAGCUUACCUUGAUGGAAGAAAUGGGCUUGUUUUUACUUAUGGUGUUACUAAUGCAGGCAAAAGUUUCACUGUCCAAGGUUGUCCAAAAGAUGGUGGCAUUCUUCCUCGUUCCCUUGAUAUGAUCUUUAAUCAUAUAAAAGGAAGACAGUAUUCAAAGAUGAAUUUAAAACCUUGCUUCAGUAAUCUUACCAAGAAGCUAAAUGAUGUCCAAGUUAAACAAGAAGAAUCCAUGAAAGCUGCACUUCUUUUUUCUUUGAAAGAGGAGACUGAAAAUAUUUGGAAACCCUCAGAUUCAGAUUCAAUGUCAUCCAGCUAUAACUCAACAACCCUUCCUUUGGAUCAAUUAGAUUACAAAUCUGAAUUUGUAAAAUCAGAGGCUUAUACCAAGGGUCAGAAAACCUUGGCAUCACUUUGGGUUUCCUUCUUUGAAAUUUAUAAUGAAUAUAUUUAUGACUUACUGGACUUACUACCAGUCUUGAAAAAUCAGAAGCGCAAAGUUUUAAGAAUCUGUGAGGAUCAAGGAGGAAACUUUUACAUUAAAGAUUUAAAAUGGGUCAAUGUAACAAAUUCAGAAGAAGCUUGUAAAAUACUUAAAGUAGGAAAUAAGAAUAGAAGCUUGGCGUGCACCAAGAUGAACCAGCAAUCCAGUCGAAGUCAUAGUAUAUUUUCUAUUCGACUCCUCAGUUUAAGUGAUGAAGAUAUGCCACGUACUCUUGGAAUCUCUGAACUUUCUCUCUGUGACCUGGCUGGUUCAGAAAGAUGCCAUAAAGCUCAAACCUUUGGAGACAGACUGAAAGAAGCUGGCAAUAUUAAUAAUUCUCUUCUUAUUCUUGGAAAGUGCAUUGCAGCUCUGAAACAAAAUCAAAAUUCAAAAUUAAGGCCAACUUAUAUUCCUUUCCGAGAGAGUAAACUGACUCGCCUCUUCCAGCCCUUCUUCUGUGGUAAAGGCAAAGCCUGCAUGAUUGUCAACGUUAGUCAGUGUGCUUCCACUUAUGAUGAAACACUUCAUGUAAUGAAGUUUUCUGCUGUAGCAAAACAAGUUAUUCCAACAUUUCAACACAAACUCUUUGAUUAUUUUCCUCAAAAAUACAGCAGGAGGGAAGAUAAACCUACAGUGCAUUUCAAUGAAAUAUCAGUUGAGCAAUUUCCCACGUAUGCUGAUAUUCCCUCUUCUUCUGAAGAUGAGGAAAUAGAUAUUACUAUUCUGAGCCAUGAGGAUCUCUUGAAAACCACAGAGAUGCUAAAGGAUAAACUGAUUGCAGAGAGACAAGGCAAAUUACUCCUUGAAGUCCAAAUACGCAAAGAGAUGGCCAAAGCAAUGUUUCAGCAACUUAUGGAAACAGAAGAAGCUUGGAGUAAACGCUUAGAAGAUUUGAAAGAAAGUUAUGAAGAAAAAUUGGAGAAUAAAUUUGAAAUGUAUAAAGAUGCCAUAAAGAAGCACGCAUACACAUGUGCAAUGGACCAAGUUGAAGAACGCUAUGUUCCGAUAGAAGAAUUCAUAGCUGAACAAGAAAAGGUUCAGGAAAGAGAAAUGAACAUACUAGAACUGAAACUAAAACUUGGAGAACAAAACAGCCUGUUUUCAGAAAAUCCCUGUUUAGACUCUACCAAAUGGAAGAUGGAUCUAGAUGCUAAAUGCAAGAUGAUGGAAGAAACUUCAGAUGCUUUACAGAAGCCAUGUAAAAAGAGAGAUAAGUUAAUAAAAUCAUUGAAACUGAAAAUUCAGAAGUUAAAUGAAAUGCUGCAAGAUGCCAAAGAAGAAUAUAGAAAAAUAGUUGAGGAGGACAGUACAUUAAAGCAGAUGGUGAGGCUUAAGGAACAAGAAAUCAUUGGGCUUCAAAAUAGGACUAAAUGUGACUAUGAACUUAAAGCCACAUUAUCUCACCUACGAGAAGAAUUAAAAGAAAGCAAAGGUGCAGAAAGUAUUAAACAACAUAAAUCCAAAAAGGGCUUCUUUGCAAGUCUGAAAUAUUAGUAACAGAUGGUCCUAGGACAAUGAAAAGUAAAGAGCUGGAAAAACCCGAGGAGCCACCUUCUGCAUCACCCAGAUUGGUGUCAGUAGCACAUGAAAUAAACAUACUGAACCAAAACUUAUAAAAUUGGAGACCAUAGGGAUAUAAGCUUAAUCUGAAAGGAAUAAAAUGUUCUGUAUUUUGUUCAUGGUAAUAUGGACGUAAAAGAGUUCACUUGAAACAAGUUGCAAUUUUUUACCAGUGCUAAAUUUGCCAUCUUCCUCAUGGUGGGAUUACAACCCAUAGAAUUUGCUGUUGUAUCAGGAAGUUAUUCUACCAACAUAUCUCAUGGACAUUAGAUGAGGGAAGCAUGCUACAUAAUAUUUACAUUAAGAACACUAUGGCUUCUUCUAAAAUUCCUUCAUUCCUGUUUUCUUCUUUUGUAAACUGAUUUUUUAAAUUGUUAUAACAAGUACAUGUAAUAUUUAGAUCUUAAACAUUCACGUAUCUUAGGUUUAUAACCAUUGUGAAAAUGUGCAGAAAGCAACCUUACCUUUGUUCUUUUGCUUCCCAGGAAUUCAGCCAGGACAACGAUUUUAAUAAUUGACACAUUGUUCAUAUUUUGAUACUAUUGUAACUAGUUGUUUGACACCAAUAAAGUAUUAUAUUUCAUUUGUAUAUGUUCAACAUCUGUAAUUUUUCUCUUUUCAAAUAAAUGAAAUAAAACAUA